CGGUGGGCGCGAGCCUGGCUUGGGCGACCGUUACCGGCCAGGAGGCGCUGACCGUUACCGGCCAGGAGGUGGCGGGGCUGACCCAAGGCCAUCCCUGUACCUUGCCCUCACUGGGCGCCCUAAGGCGUGAACAGGCCGGACCUUAGCCGCUUCGAGGAGCGGCCUGGGCCGCUGGCGGGCCGCCGAGCUGCGGGUGAGAGCGGCAUCCCUCCUCCACACCCCUGCUGCCGGCCGGCCUUGGCCAGGACCUGGAGGGCUGGACCAGCCGUCCCCUGCCUCUGCUGGCCAGCGUCCCUUCUGUGCAGGUUUUCUUAUGUGCUCUGGAGCUCUUUGCUAUCCCUAGAUUACUGAACUGUGUCCCCAUCAUGAAUAGCCAGUGACUUCAUAAUUUCAUCGAGACUAAAAAAUGGCGAAAUUUAUUCCCCUUGAUUUUACUACUUUAAUUCAAGAAGAAUGUGAAGAAGAAGGCAAGAAAAAAACAAGACAUCAGACAUGUGAAGAGCAGCAAUCCGAAGAAAUCACAGAAUCAGAGAAUCAACCGUCUGAAACAGAUGAGCAGGGAGCCUUGGGAUAUGACACAGGGAAGACGCUCCCUGUGCCACUGAAGGCAGAGAAGAAACAAGAAAUAGAUGAGGAUUACUAUCCAGAUUAUAUGAAAGAAGCUAUUGCUCAACAACGUGUAGUUGUUCCAGAACCGGAUUCUCCUAAAAAGAAAGGGAAACUAAAGGAUAUAAAGGAUGUCCAGCAUGUUUGUCCAAAGGUCAGGAAAGCCACGUAUGUGCAUUAUGAUAACACAGAACCAAAAGAUGAUGAUGUGAUAAGAAAUAUCAUUAGGCUAAGAGAAAGACUGGACUGGCAAACUACAUUACCACAGCACAGUUUGAAGCAUAGACCUUGUGAAAAGUAUAUUCCAAAGAAUAUAUUAAAGCAACCUUUGGAAGAUGAUGGAGAAUUUGUAUACUGCCUUCCUAGGGCUCAUCCAUCAAAUGCCCUUUACAAUCCAUAUGAUCUUCAAGUAGUCUCUGCCUACAAGGCUAGAGAGAACAAGGAAUUUUGGACUAUUUCUGCUUCGUUUGUCACAAAGAUUGAUAAUAAGCAUGGGGACAUGGAUGCAGUAGAACUCACACCUACUUUGAGAUGGCUAUCAGAAAGAAAAAACUGCUACUUAUUACAGCAAUUCAAGAUAUUUUCCAAUUUCCGAAUUUAUAAAGCCUUUGUUAUUUGGAGAUCAAAUGUUAAAAGAAUUAAGACAGAUAAAAACAAGUUGUUUUUGAACCAUCAUCUUUUUUGGGCUGAUGAAUUAUUUCAAGCCUGUUUACUUCAUAUAAGAGGAAUUUGUGAGGAUGUGAUUAAUAUCAAAGAUAAUAAGCAUGAAGGAAAUCCAUCUGCCAUAUGUCUUGUAAAGCUGGAUCCAUCUCGAACAUACUCUCUAGAUGAAUUUUGCGAAGAACAAUUACAGCAAGCUAGCCAAGCAUUAAAUAAACUUGAAGAUGUCAGGGAUAAAGCAAUUUUGGAGUUAAAAAGGACAUUCUUAAAGGUAGCAGAAAAGGAAAAAAUCAGAGAGUGUUUUGAGCCUAGUCUCUCGAAGAGUGGUGCGACAUAUUCCAAGAUGCCCAAGUACCGGCGCCUGCUGGAAACAAUUCGCAGGUUUCUGGUGCUGGUGGACUGCAUGUUUCAGGAACUCAUCCGCCAGCUUAUGAACACUGCAGUCACACUGCUUCUGGAAUUAUUUGAUGGUUCUGCUAAAAUGCCAUUUUCAAGGGAAAAAAAGAAUGAAAAUCUCAUCAGAACAUUCAAGGACAGCUGUUUGUCCACUGAAAAUAGAAGAAAUGAUAGUGAAGAACUUGUUACUGCCUCAACCUCAGAUGUUAUUGUGGUUCAGAAAUCAGAAGGAAAAACAGACACUGAUAUUAUCCAGACUUUGAACUUGAGAACAAUAUACGCACCAAUAUUUGAAGUAAAUCUGCACUUGAGGAAUCUUGCGGAGAGUGAGUCAUCAGAAGACUCGAAGGAGACCCUUCCUGAGUCUGACCAGCACAGUGAGAAAUCCGAGCUGACUGAGGAAGCUGAAUCAUCCAAAUAUGAAGACCUCUGUGACCCAGGUACUUACUCACCUGCAGAGCUGCCCCUGAAAGCCGAGAAAAAAAUCUCCACCUACAGUCUCGAGGAAAUUCUUUCAGACAGAGAAUUCACAACUGAGUUUGGGAAUAGAAACGUAUACAAUGAACUUUCAGAAUGCCACAUGGAUCUCUUCAUAGAUCCUAACAGAUUGGAGUUUUCAAGAAAAAUUCAAAAUAUGCUGGCUAAUAUUGAGAAAUGUAUAACCACAAUCACUCCCCUUUGCCAAGAUGACCGCCUGUCUAUAUUUAUUGAUUUGCCUCCAAUCAUAAGUUCAUCGAAUGAUACAGAAAGUCUAACAAAACCUAAGAAGACUACAUGGCCAGAUUGUCAGCUACUUUUUGAAAUGGAUCCUGAUUAUCAAAACAAAAUUGUGAGUCUCCUGACGAUCAUUGGUAAUUCCAUGGGCCUCGUUAAUGAUUACAGCUGCAUGUUUAUCAAGUAUAGCACCAUGAUAGGGAAGGCCAUGAUCAUUAGUACAAAAUUGCCAUCUAUGGGAGAAUUGACUGCAGAGCGGUUUAAAAUUAUUCUCAAUAAACUGAGAAACUAUCUUAAGCACAUGGUGAACAUGGUUAUUGAAAAGCAUGUUGGUAUUUUCAAAGUUGUGAGUCUUGAUUAUCAGUCAAAGUGCUUACCCUAUGUGGAUACCGCCAUACACGUGAGCCACACGCUGUUGGAAUCUGAGAUUCAAAGAAAAAAUACAAACCUAUUGGCAGUCAUAGAAUCAUCAGUGCAACAGCUGAAAUAUAAUCCCAUUGAAAUAGAAGAAUUUGUGGAACAUUUUGUUUUUUUGGACACAAUUUCCUCAAAAAUAUCUAUGUUAGAAAAAGAGUACUUGACAAUUUCUCAGCUGUACUCUGUUGUGCGGAAUUACCAGAUUCAUAUUUCAGAACAGCAAAUUGCAAUGUUUGAAGUCCUUUUUUUCAAGUUCAGUCAACUAAAAACAUCUGUGAAGUUAUAUGAAACAAACAAAAGUGCUGCUAUGACUAAAUUCAAGGAAAAUUUGGAAGCAUAUGUCAUUGGUCUACGGGUUGCUGUUAGUAAUUUAAAAUCUGAAAUAAGAACCCCUGUUCUGUUGUGUAUUGCUACACAAGUGACGACAGCCCAGGAAAUUAUCCGGACCCUCUCGGAAGAGGCUGCCAGCUUAUCUGUCAAGGCUCAGUUGUGUUCGAGCUUUCAGGAUCGUUUUGAGGAUUUGCACUUUCAGAUGCACUCUCUUAGCAUGGAAGAAAUCACGCGGAUUGUGUUUGCCGAGAUCUGUGACAUUGAGUAUGACUUAAGUUUGAGGCGGAUGUUAUGGGAAACACGGGAGGAGUGGGGAAGCCUCUAUCAGGAAUGGAAGAGUUGUUCUCUUCAAACUAUGGAUGUAGAAUCGAUACAGAGAAAUGUUUCGAAGUGGUUGGACACCAUCUCUGUACUAGAAAAAGGUUUACCUGCAAAUGAUGUGCUUACAAAUCUUAAGCAGUCAGUGACAGAGUUUAAACAGAAGCUGCCUGCCAUUGUAGCUCUGGGAAACUCUCAUCUGAAGCCAAGGCAUUGGGAGGCUCUCCAGGAGAUUACUGGAAAUUCAAUUUCCUUUUAUAAAGGCCGCACCAUAGAAGACCUUCUAAACCUCAAGAUGUUCCAUUAUGAACAUGAAAUAAAAGAAAUAUCAGCCUCAGCAACUAAUGAAGCUGCUCUUGAAAAACUGCUGCUUAAGAUAAUUCAUCUUUGGAACACUACUCCCUUACACUUAGUCCUUCAUCACACAGAGAAGGAUUCCAUCUUAAUUAUUUCAUCUGUAGAUGACAUAUUAGCGCAGUUAGAAGACUCUCAAGUCUCACUGGCAACAAUUAGAGGAUCUCCCUAUAUUGGGCCCGUUAAGGAUCUUGUGAAUGAAUGGAAUAAAAACCUGACAAUAUUUUCUUACACCAUUGAAGAAUGGAUGACUUGUCAGAGAAAUUGGCUUUAUGUUGAGCCAAUCUUCAACUGUUUAGAAAUACAAAGGCAGCUCCCAGAAGAAACAAAACUUUUCUCUCAGGUGAUUUCCACGUGGAAAAAAAUAACAUCAAAACUGCAAAACAAACUGAACGCCUUGCAAAUAAUCAUCUUGGCCAGAGUCCCUGACAUUCUGAAAACUUGCAAUACACAUCUUGAAUGUAUAAAGAAAAGUCUUGAGGACUACCUUGAGAUGAAAAGAAGUAUUUUCCCAAGAUUCUACUUUCUCAGCAACGCUGAGCUUCUUGACAUUCUCGCUGGCAGCAGAAACCCCGAGUCUGUCCAGCCUCAUCUUAUGAAGUGCUUUGAAAACGUGAAACAACUGGUGAUCUGCAAACAAGAAAUCGGCCCCCCUGUUGUAAGAGCGCUGGUAUCUGCGGAAGACGAAUGCCUUGUGCUGCCCGAGAAAAUUCAUAUAAGAAGUGCUGUAGAACAGUGGCUGGUAAAUGUAGAAAAAAACAUGUUUGAAGCAAUGAAAAAAUGUCUGCUACAGCUAGCACUGGACCAGGCUGAAACCAGGAGGCUGGACCUCAAUCCUGUUUUCCCACAUGGGUGGCCGGAACCCAAAUUUAUAAAUCAAGGGAUUAACGACUGGCACUGCCAGACUUUUUCUCCAUGGGUGGUAUCUCAUUUGGGACAAGUGGUACUCACUGUGAGUCAGAUCAUAUUUUAUGAUGAUUGCAUUAAAAGUUUCGCGAGUGCGCAGUCGAGGGAAGCUCUCGAGAACAUCCACGCUGGUGUGCUAGGGCGUCUGGAAGAGGCUGCAGAGCUGCUGGACACCAGCAACGCGCAGACGAGAGCCGUGCUGGGCGCGCUGCUCAUUCUCUACGUUCACUGCAGAGAUGUGGUGAGAAGCCUGCUGCUCCAGGAUAUCUGCAAGGAGGACGACUUUGAGUGGACGAGACAUCUGCGGUACAAAUGGGAUGAAAAACAAAUGUUAUGCUAUGUAUCUCAAGGAGAUGCCAGUUUCACUUAUGGCUAUGAGUACCUGGGCUGUACCCCAAGACUGGCCAUUACGCCUCUCACAGACCGGUGCUGGCUCACCUUCCUGGGGGCUCUGCACUUGAAUCUAGGAGGUUGUGCUUCUGGUCCAGCAGGUGUAGGAAAAACUGAGACUAUCAAAGACCUAGCGAAAGCCUUAGGAAAACAUUGUGUGACCUUUAGCUGCUUUGAGAAUUUGGAUUAUAAGAUAGUGGGAAAAUUCCUCUUUGGAGUGGUUCAGUCAGGAGCGUGGUGCUGCUUUGAUGAAUUCAAUCGAAUCGAUGUGGAGGUUCUUUCUGUCCUUGCUUCACAGAUCCUAACAAUUAAGUCUGCAAAAGCCAGCUACUCUAUCAGGUUUGUACUGGAAGGAAAGGAAAUUCGUAUCAAUAUGUCUUGUGCGAUAUUUGUCACCGUAAGCCCUGGAUAUCCAGGUAGAGAAGAGCUCCCACAUAACUUAAAGUCUCUGUUUCGCCCAGUGGCAAUGAUGGUGCCCCAUUAUGGAAUGAUUACUGAAAUCAUUAUGUCUUCAGUUGGUUUCAAAUCUUCAAAAUUACUCUCUGGAAAGCUAGUCAACCUUUACGAAUUAGCUAACACACAGCUUUCACAAAAGGAUCAUUAUCAUUUUGGCUUGCGGUUUCUGAAGACAGUUCUAAUAAUUGCUGAGAGGGAGAAACAGGAGUUUAACAGUGAUACAUCUGAAGCAGAUGAAACUGGGAUCAUUAUCAAGGCUGUAAGAGAAGCUAGUUUAUCGAAAUUUCCCCCUGAAGAUAUCCCACUUUUUGAAAUGAUUAUAAGAGAUAUUUUUCCUGGAGUGACAAUUGCAAAAGUAGAUCUACCUGCCUUGGAGAAAGUAAUAUUUAUCGCAGUGCAACAAUUGGGCUUACAGCAUUGGCCAUCCCAGAAAGAGAAGAUCAUACAGCUGUAUAAUCAGCUUCAGGUGUGUGUUGGUGUGAUGGUGGUGGGCCCAACAGGUGGGGGAAAGACGACAAUCAGAAGAAUCUUAGAAAAGGCAUUGCUGCUGUUGCCAGUUGCGGACUUCUUAUCACUUACAGAAAGAGAAUCUGCCUCAAAGAUUCCAGGAAAAAAAGGAAAAAUAGAUGUCUCUGUUUUAAAUCCAAAAUGUAUCACUCUUGAUGAACUGUAUGGGCGACUGGAUCCUAAUACUAUGGAAUGGACUGAUGGAUUAUUAUCAGCAACAAUUCGAAGUUAUGUAUGUCUUAACACUGAUCUUGGACUAACGUCAAAAAUCUCAGAUUUGUGUAAUGUUUUCUAUCUAAAUUCUUCUGACACAGCGGAUACUGAUGAUAAGAUUGUGAAAGAUAGAGAGAAACACGUUAAAAUACCAGAAAGUCACAAUUUUGAUUGGCAAUGGAUUGUCUUCGAUGGUCCAGUGGAUGCCUUGUGGGUAGAAAAUCUAAACUCUGUGCUAGAUGACACGAGAAUGCUGUGCCUGGCAAACAGUGAGAGAAUAGCUUUAACUAACAGAAUCAGAGUGAUUUUUGAGGUGGACAAUCUCUCUCAGGCCAGUCCUGCUACAGUCAGCCGAUGUACAAUGGUGUACAUGGAUCCUGUUGAUCUGGGAUGGGAGCCUUAUGUUAAGUCGUGGCUUUUGAAAACUUCCAAAGUUGUAAAUCAAUCAGGAGUGAGUUGUCUUGAAUUUAUGAUUAAUGAAAGUGUCACACAUGGGCUCCAAUUUAUAAAGAAGCAUCAGAAAUUUCAGCCGAUUCCCGUACAGGACCUGACAAUCGUCACAACCCUCUGCAGGAUUCUUGAUGCUUUCUUCGACUUGAUGAGUAAAAAUGAAAGAUUUGGAGAAACUUAUGAUUUGAAUGACAAGUUAACUAGGAAAAGAAGUUCUUCGAAUAUCUCUACCAAACUCAAGGAUACAGAAAAAAGGAAAGACAGUGCUUCGUACCUGGAUAAAAAUCCCGAUAAAUUAACAGUACUGAUUAAAAAACUUUUCGUGUUUGCCUUUACUUGGGCAUUUGGAGGAACUUUAAAACGUGAAGACGAACAUGAAGAUGAUGAGCUAUUUUGUUCAUCUUCUGAACCUGAUUGUCUGGCAGAAGUAACCCAUGAUUUUAACAAAUUUGUGCAUGAAUUAUUUGGAAACAAUUCACAAAUAGGCAUCAACCUACCAGGUGGUGAACGUUCCAUCUUUGGAUAUUUUGUGAAUAUACAUCAGUGUGAAUUCAUACCCUGGUCAGAUUUAGUUCCUAGUGUUCAGACACCAAUUCAUAGAGGAACUUCGUUGCUAACUGAUCUGCAUGGGUCGAGUGAAGACUUCUUGAAGAUGGCAGAAGAGGGGGACAGCAUCCGCUACACGGCCACCAGAGACACCACGUGCCUUUCCUUCCUCAUGAGCCUGCUUCUGAAGAAUUCCUACCCCGUCCUUCUCACAGGAGCCUCUGGUGUUGGGAAAACUGUUACCAUUAACCAAAUGCUUGAGAAGCUGGAGAGCCCAGGAGCAUUUUACGUAAAAUAUGGGUCCAUUUUAGGAAAUGUCCUAUUACAUAGUGAAAUAAAAAAAGCAAGCCUAAAACAAAAUAUCAGCCUCUUGAUUUCUGAAUCUCCGACAGCAACUGGAAGUGCAGAUUAUGCUACUAAAACAACGGAAUCCAAAACGGAUGAAAAUUUAUUGAAAAGAAAAGAUAAAGGAAUUAUAGUCUCUACGAUAAAUUUUAGCACUAGCACAACAGCUGCUAAAACCAAGGAGAUGAUUCUUAAGAGCUUAGUAUUGAGAACUAAAGACACUCUUGGAGCUCCAAAAAAUAACCAGCUUAUAGUGUUUAUUGAUGACAUGAAUAUGCCGGUAGCAGAUAUGUAUGGAGCACAGCCACCCCUGGAGUUGAUCAGACAAUUAUUAGAUAUGGGAGGAGUUUAUGAUACUGAAAAAAAUGUGUGGAAGAAUAUUCAAGAUCUCUCUAUAGUUGCAUCUUGUGUUCCUCUGGUUAAUGGGGAUGAUAUUAGCCCACGGCUCCUCAAACAUUUUUCCAUAUUGGUAUUGCCUCAUCCUCCACAAAGUGCCCUGCGUAGUAUUUUUCAGGCUCAUCUGGGAAUAUAUUACACCCUCAAUAACUUUACAUCGGAUGUUCUUGAAACUAUGCAUAUGAUAACAUCUUGUUCCAUAGAAAUGUACCAACAAGUGGCUAAGAUCAUGUUACCAACCCCAGCAAAAUGCCACUACCUCUUUAAUCUUCGAGACUUGUUUAAGCUCCUCCGAGGACUGCUGCAAGCUGACAAGACCGUGAUCAGCUCCAAAGAGUCGGCUGCUCUGCUCUGGGCUCACGAAGCCACGCGCGUGUUCCACGAUCGCCUCGCCGACCGCGCCGAACGCCGCCUUUUCUAUCAGCUGCUGGCGAAGGAAGUGGAGAGCCAUUUCCAGAUUCAGUGGACUCCAGAAGACCUGAUGAAUGACCCAACUGUGUUUGUGGACUUCUUGGAUGUAAACAAGGUUCAUAGGAAAAAAACCUAUCAGAAUACCAAUGACUAUGGUAAACUUGCUGAUGUGCUUAACGAAUUCCAGAUGAAGUUGGGUUCGAAGUUUAAAGAGAUCUCCUAUCCCAUGGUGUUCUUCAAGGAAGCCAUACAGCAUAUUGUGAGAGCUAGCAGGGUCCUUCGACACUCAGGGAGCCACAUGUUACUGAUUGGAAUCGAUGGAUGCGGAAAAGAGGCUUGUACAGCCUUGGCCUGCUACCUGACGGAACACAAGCUGUACCGAGUACCUGCAUCUCCCAGUUAUGGAUACGCGGAGUUCAAAGAAGUCCUUAAAAAGGCCUUUAUUCAAGCAGGGUUAGAAGGGAACCCCACUGUGGUGAUGGUUUCUAAUUUAAACCUAGAACAAAAGUCUCUUUUGGAAGAUUUGAAUUGCAUUGUCAAUUCAAGAAAAAUACCUGACUUGUUUGAAGACGCGGAGUUGGACAACAUCGUAAUCAGAACUAGACCUUUUGUUAAAGAGCCUGGAUAUGUGGAUGACAGACAGUCUUUACUUGUGUUAUUCCAAAAGAAAGUAUAUAUAAAUCUUCACGUUUUUGUGGUCAUGAGUCCUUCAGCACCUAACUUCCGCCAGUAUUGUAGAGCGUAUCCUUCUGUGAUUAGCUCCUGCACAAUUGACUGGUACGAAAAGUGGCCGGAAGAAGCUCUCCUUAUUGUAGCCAACUCUUUCUUACAAGGAAGACUGAAUUUAGAGAGUGAUGAGGUCUCGAAAGAAAAACUUGCCCUGAUGUGUGUCCAACUCCACAUAAGUAUGGAAGACUUGAGCACAAAAUACUUUCAAGAAACUGGCUGGCAUUACUUUAUCACUCCCAGUAGCUUCUUGCAGUUCAUGGAAACAUUUGUACACAUUUUGAGGUCACGAGAGGAGGAGAUGCAAAUGAAGAGGGAUCAUUUCCACAUGGGUCUCUCCAAGAUCCUGGAAGCAAGCAGAGUGGUUACAGACCUGCAGAAGGAGCUCUCCAGUGUUGGCCCUCAGAUAGAACAGAAAACAAAGGAAAAAGAAAUCAUAAAGGAAAAACUAAAGAAAGACUCACAAACAGUUAUGAAAGUUCAGAUACUUGUUAAACGGGAUGAAGAAACUAUGGCAGAAGAAAUAAGAAUUGUGGAAGAUUAUGCUCAGAGAACUGCCAAUGAACUAAAAAAUGUGAUGCCAGCUCUAGACCAGGCAAUUUUGGCUCUAAAUGCCCUGGGUGAAGCUGAUGUCACUGAGUUAAGAGCAUACACACAGCCUCCCUUCCUUAUACUGACUGUCAUGAAGGCAGUGUGCAUCCUUUUGCAAAGGAACGCAAACUGGACAACAGUGAAGUUACUACUUGCAGAAACUGAUUUCAUCAAAAAAUUGAUUAACCUAGACAAGGACAGCAUCCCUGACCAGGUUUUCAUAAAGCUGAAAAAAAUUUUAACCUUACCUGAUUUCAAACCACACAAGAUUGCUCCCGUUUCUAUUGCUUGCUGCUACAUGUGCCAGUGGAUUAUAGCUUUGAAUAACUACCAUGAAGUGCAGAAGAUGGUGGGGCCUAAACAAAUUGAAAUAGCUGAAGCUCAGAAUAUCCUUAAAAUCUCACGCGAAAGGUUGGCAGAAAAACAAAGAGGUUUACAGCUGAUUGAGGACCACUUGGUGUUGUUGCAGGCCACCUACGAAAACAUUAUUGCUGAAAAACAGCAGUUAGUGAAUUGGAGAAAAGUGGCCACCAGGCGCUUGCAGUGUGCAUCCAUCUUGCCAACUGUCCUGGAAGAAGAGAAGGCUCGAUGGCAAGAAACAAUCGAUCAAUUAGACAGCAAAUUGGAGAGUGUUUGGGGCGACCUUCUUCUUUCAGCAGCAUGCAUCGUAUACACUGGAGUUCUAACACCAGCGUUUCGCCAGUUGAUUGUGAAAAAAUGGGAGGCUUUGUGUGUUGAAAACAACAUUGCUUUGUCUUCCAACUUUUCUUUAAUUGAAGUCAUGGCACAAAAAUAUGAGAUCUACCGGUGGCAUAAUCAGGGGCUGCCUCUUGGUUGGUAUUCCACAGAGAAUGCCAUCAUGAUCAAGAACAGCCAGCAGUGGCCUCUGCUGAUCGACCCACACAAGCAAGCGUACAACUGGAUCCGCCGGAUGGAAGGGUACAAACUGCAGGAGCUCUCCGUUGAGGACAGCAGUUACACUAAAAAGAUUGAAAAUGCCAUGAAAAUGGGAGGAAGUGUCCUCCUGCAGAAUCUCCCUGAAACAUUAGCUCCUGGCUUAGAGGCAAUUUUGAAGAAGGAGAUUUAUCAGAGAAGAAGACAGUACUUCAUAAAGAUUGGCAAUUCGGAGGUGGAAUACAAUUCCAACUUUAGGUUGUACUUAUCUACAGCAAUAGAUAACCCCUGCUUCCUUCCAUCCAUUUAUGACUUCGUCACUGUCAUCAACUUCACGAUCACGUUCCAAGGCUUGGAAGACCAGCUCCUAUCCACAGUAGUGAGUCACGAGGUCCCUCACUUAGAAAGUCAGCGCUACCAGUUACUGCAGACUAUCUCCCUGGACAUCCUAACUCUUGAGGAGCUGGACGACAGAACCUUAAAUUUACUGCAGAAAGCACAAGAAUGCGUAUUAGACGAUGAGGAAGUUGUGGCUUCCUUAAGAAAAUCCAAAAUGAUGUCAAAUGAAACAUUAAAGCACAUGAAAGCAACGGAGAAAGCAGAAGACGAAAUCCAGGCCCUGCGUGAAAACUAUCUCCCUAUCGCUACCCGCGGGGCCCUGCUCUACUUCCUCGUGGCCGACCUCGAACAGAUCAGCUCCCUGUACCGCUUCUCCCUGGACUGGUUCCGGCAGGCUUUUGUGUCAUCCAUAGUUUAUACAAACAAAGAGCAAGAACAUAGUUUGAGAAAGAAGAAAAUUUCUCUGAAAAAAGUUGGUGAGAUUACAAAUAUCUCAAAGGAACCUAACACGGGAAGUGAGAAAAAUGCCCGAGACAGGUAUAUUGAAAAUACUAUCGAUGUGUUGACAAGAAGUAUUUUUAAGGUGGUUUCAUCUGCUCUAUUUGAUCAACAUAAACUUUGUUUUUCCUUUCGGCUUUGCGCUGCAAUCAUGCAAAACAAUACUAAUGCAAAUACAAUGAGUGAUGGCAUUGGAUUUCUACCAGAAAAAGAGUGGAACAUUUUUUUACAUUCUGACAAAUUUAUAAAUAUUCCAAGUAACCAGCCUGUUCUUAAUAGCAUGUUUGAGAAGUAUAAGAAUCCACACCUUCGUUGGCUGUCGGCUUCCAGGUGGAAGCAGUGCCUGUAUAUCAGCAGUCAGCUGAAACCGUUUGCACUUCUCUGUGAGUCCCUGUCGUCACAUGUAGCACAGUGGGAUGCUGUCAGGGUCAGCAUGGAUGUCUAUUCUCUGAUCAGCACGCCCUUCUGUUCAGAAAGUGCUUCCUUGGAAGAGAGUGCAAGAUCAUCAGAAGGAACUGAACUUUGGAAUGAAAGUGAAGACGUAUGUACACCUAUACCUUUUCCCUGGGAGAAACUCACGUUGUUUCAAAGACUUAUUUUGAUUAAAAUUCUGAGACCUGAUCAUUUAAGGAAAUCAGUGAGAAAAUUUAUAGCUGAAAAAAUGGGAAAUGAGUAUCUUCCUAGAACCGGGCUUAAUCUGAAAGAAUCAUACGAGGGAUCAAAUGCCAGGACGCCCCUGGUCCUCAUCCACUCUCCUGGGAUUGACCCCACCGACAUGCUCCUGAAAUUCGCACAGGAGUUGAAAGGAACAACGAGUCACGUGACCAUGAUCUCCUUGGGCCGCGGCCAGGCAGCUAAAGCCGAGGACCUCAUCGCUAAAGCGCUAACCAAAACGGAGCAGCAGUGGGUCUUCCUCCAGAAUUGCCACUUAGCAGCGGCAUUUGUGCCAAGGCUCUGCGCUAUUGUAGAAUCACUUAAUGAUCCAGACAUGAAAAUACACCCUGAGUUUAGGCUGUGGUUAAGCACAAGAUCAGACAGCUCUAUCCCGGCUCCCAUUCUUCAGGCAGGCGUGAAGAUUAUCAUGGAGUCUCCCCAGGGCCUGAAGAGUAAUUUGCUUCAGACGUUCGGCUAUGGUGGGAGCGGAGAGAUAACGGAAGACAUAUUUGAGCAGCCCAACUGUGGACCGUGGUGGAAAAAGCUGUUAUUCACCGUCUGUUUUACCCAUGCUGUGAUCAAUGAGAGGAGGAGCUAUGGAACAUCAGGCUGGAAUAUCCCUUACCUGUUCAGUUCUUCAGACGUGGAGGUGGCCACGAAGGUGCUGGGGAACGUGCUGACUCCGCCGGCAGAGGUUCCCUGGCAGGCACUGCACUGCCUCAUCGGGGAAGUGGUUUACGGCAGCCAGGUGACCGACCCCUGGGACGAGCGAUGCUUGAAGACCCUGCUCCACAUGCUCUGUAAACCUGACGUGCUGAGAGAUGACUUCAGCUUCUCUUGUGAUGAGAUGUGUCAGCACCUGCCCAAGUCUGCCAGCCUACAGGACUGCAUCCAUAUUAUCCAGUCCUUACCGGACGAGGACACUCCCGAGGUCUUAGGAGUGCACCCUGAAGCCACGAGGAGCCACAGGGAGACCCAGGGCCAGGAGCUCAUUGGCAGUCUUAUCGCCAUGCAGCCAAGAACAGCCCCUACCAGCCUGGACAUCAGCCCCCCGCUGAGUAAUGAGGAACUGGUGGCAGAGAUGUUGAGUGACAUGCUACGGCGGCUGCCGCUGACAGUGGAGAGGGAAGAAUGCACCGGCACUCAGAGCACGCUGAGGAGCGUCAUGGCAGGCCCCGUCUGGGAGUCUCUGUGCAAAAUCGAGAGUGGCCACGAUUUCCUUAUCCAUUGUGUUUUGCUGACCUUUUUGAGGCAAGAAAUUGGACGAUUUGAUAAGCUGUUGUUUGUCAUACAUAAAUCUUUAAGAGAUCUUCAGCUUGCUAUGAAAGGAAAGAUCGUCAUGACCCAAGAACUGGAGGAAAUCUAUGACUCCUUUCUUAAUGCGAGGGUGCCUCCACUGUGGCAGAAACACGCCUACGAGUCCUGCAGACCCCUGAGCUCCUGGGUGAGCAAUCUCCUCCAGCGGCUGAAUUUCCUCAACACCUGGGCCAAAAUGGCUUUCACCGCAGUACACAGCCGGUGUCUGAGACUGGUCUCGUCUGUUCCGUCAUCUAGCCAAACCCCCAAGCCCGUUGCUGACCCAGAAAAUGUUUCCUUUGAAGGAUUCCCUGCGAGAUACUGGCUUCCUGCGUUCUUCUCUCCACACGCCUUCCUGAUGGCUGUGCUCCAAGACUACGGGAGGACCCGAGGAAUCUCCGUGGACGCCCUGACUUUGACCCACCACGUGAUUUCUGAUACUGCCGGCGUUGAUCACGAAGAGUUUUCUGGAAUUGUCCAAACGGAACUUGACAAAGUCAAGAGAGCCUUUAAGGGCUCAGACUCCCCUCGCGAUGGAGUUCAAGUUUUCGGCUUAUUCAUCGAGGGAGCAAGGUGGAACCACGAAGAAAACAUACUGGAAGACUCGCGGCCUCGUGAGAUGUGCUGUGAUUUUCCCGACAUACACUUUUUGCCAACAAAGAUUUCUACUGAAACACAAAAUUCAUCCAACCAGACAGAUACAGAACUCUACAGUUUUGAAUGCCCAGUUUACCAGACACGUAAGAGGUCAAGAAUUUUGACUACUGGUUCAUCGACUAACUGUUUAACAUCAGUGCAUUUACCAACGAAAAAACCUUGUAGUCACUGGAUCACAAUGCAGGUCGCAUUGCUGUGUGAGAAUGAAUAAAAUUCUACACCAAACCAUUUUAA